AUGUGGAAGAAUGCAUUUACUCAACCAAAUUCGCCAGAUCAUGCAGUCAACAACCAAGGGUAUCCAGCACCGGACAUUUACCACGAGAUCAGCAACCUGCCAUGGUUAAUAGCCGGCGCAACUUUAGCUGUCGCAGACAGUACUCGCAUGGAAAUGAAGUCGGCCUUAAUUUUGAGCAUAAACUUUGAGCCUGAUGACAGUGGUGCCGAGUUGUAUAUGUUUUGUAUACCGAGAGUAACUCUGACCGACUAUACAGCGUUUCCGUCUGACACACACGAGGUCCUGUCGACUUCCAGCCGCGCCUCCAGCGUCAACGACAGUGACAGUGGUAUCAACCUGACAACAGACGAGGAGAAAGAAGCUGCCGGUAAUGGCCAGCACAGAUCGAGGUUGGCUAAGGAGGAAAAACAGGAGAGCUCCGCCUCACCCUCACCCUCGCCCUCCAGUUCCUUCUCUUCUUCUUCUUCCUUUAGUUAUUCCAAGAUCAGUAAUCCUCUCAUUCGGCAGAUAUCCCUAGAAAUUCGCGAAGCGUCCCUGCUUCGCGGAAAUUCCCGCCAACACUGUGCCCGAAUAACUGGAAUCCUCCUUCCAGGAGCCGGCAAUAGCGUAAGCAGACAAAUCCAACGAUCCAUAACUGACCUUGACAACACUCAACUCGAGGCCGCUGACGAUGAUGAGGACUGCCCCCUUCCCGCCGUCGUUGGGGUGUGUAGUCCACCCUUGAGGCCACCGGUCGAGAUUACUGAGGUCUCAGAAGACUCAGCUGACGUACAAGUGGGAGAACUGUGUCUGGAUGAACUUUAUCAAUCCAUGGUGGGAGAGGUGCGACGGUGA